GAGGCACUGCACCGGCCCUGAUUUCCCAAUGUGGAUCGAUCAGAUAAGCCUCGGGGAUAAGAGGUGGGGUCAGCCUCAGCCCACAGCCCACUCAUCCCACCAAACUUCUUCAUCUCCCCUGCCAAACAUCAUCCGAAAUAAAACAAUCCCCUUGGCGCCAAGCACACGUACACCAUGGCUGAAUCCAACGUGCAGAGAGACAAACCCGCCGAGCAGUACAGCUGGUACCAGCCCGACCUCGCGCAGGUCAAGGAGCCCGCCCGGACUCUGCUGGCCGAGUACAGCAAGAUCCCCGAGGAGAAGAUCAUCGACCAUGUCAAGGAGGUGCGCGAUCGUGCCUUCGCCGUGUUCCCCUACCCCUGCAUCGGAUCUUUCCGCUUCCUCGACAUCACCAUCUGCGCCUCCCCGGCCUACCCGGAGAUCCUCUCGCGACUGAAGUCCUCGAACGAGACAUACCUGGAUCUAGGCUGCGCAAUGGGCCAAGACAUCCGCUACCUAAUCCACCAAGGCGCUCCCGCCACCUUGCUCUACGGAAGCGACCUGCACCCCGAAUUCAUCUCCCUGGGCUACGCCCUCUUCGCCGACCGCGCCACGCUAGCGACCGAAUUCAUUCCCAGCGACAUCUUCGACCCCUCCUGCGCCCUCCUAACCCGGCUCGCCGGACAGGUCGACAUCAUCAACGCCGCCUCGUUCUUCCACCUCUUCGACUGGGCCACGCAGGUGGCGCUGGCCAAGCAGGUCAUCGCGCUGCUGCGGCCGCAGAGAGGGUCGCUGCUCGUCGGCCGGCACGUCGGGGACUUUGAGGCCGGGGCGCGCGCGGACAGCGAGCUGGGCAAUACCUACUACCGGCAUGAUCUGGCGUCGUGGCGGCGGAUGUGGGCGCAGGUGAUGGCGGAGACGGGGACGGAGUGGGAGGUCGACGUGCGGGCGGAGGAGUGGGCAGAUGUCAAGCAGAAUCGGCAUAAUCGGGACAGUUCGUUCAAGAUGGUUUUUGUGGUGAGGAGGAUUUAGGUUGGGUGGUUUGGGGUGGGAGUUGUAGGGGGAAAGGGAACUGAGUGGAUGGCAAAUGACUCGCAGGGACAUUAGUAACAGAAGCGACUUCAGUCUUCAAGAUUUUUGUUUAGUCGUCCUGACAGUGCGCGCGCUGUGCAUAAGGUCCUCAAUUGCCGAUAGCUUUAUCUUAUCACCCCAAAGGUUGUCCCCAAGGUCCCUGUACAGCACACGUUGAUAAGAAAUGAGCCAAAAUACUCCAC